UGCUCAUGUCAUGCUGUUGCUCCUCCUCCUCCUCUUGUCUCUUCAGAUUGGAGAUAGGAGAGCUGAACGUGAAAGUCAAAAUACUUACGAAGGAAACGGAAUGUUAGGAAAGGAAAAGAGGAAGUGAAAGUAGGCAGAAAGGAAGGGAACUUGAUGCAUGGCAAAUUGACUGACAACAGACAGCAGCCCAACAAGGCAUAACACUUGAAAAGGAAACGAAAGACACUUUUUUUUUUUUUUUUUUUACAGGGAAGGAAAGAAAGGCAGAAUUUAAUGUUUUUUGAGAGAUAAAAGAGGUAAAGGGUCAAUUUGUGGCGGCAACAUCAGGAGAGGAUCUGGAGGGCAACAGGACAAGAUACAACCUUUUUUCUAUUUUAUUGUUUUGCUCCUUUUGAGCUAAAAAGUAUUGGGAUUCAUCUUCUCGUUGCUGCUUAAUUGCUUGGAGGAUGCAUGGAUUUAUUUUCUAGUAUGUUUCAGAACCAAAAUAGCAAAUGGUGCUCUUGCGUCGCUUAUUAGACAUUGAAGACAGUGAAAGUAUCGACGAGAAGCCCCUAUCAAAUGGAGAUGUCUAUAUUGGUAGCUUUAAGGGAUCACUUCCCCAUGGCAAGGGUAAAUAUAUAUGGUCCGAUGGAACAGUGUACGAGGGUGACUGGGAAGAAGGUAAAAUUACUGGGAAAGGACAGAUACUUUGGUCAUCAGGAGCAAUAUAUGAAGGUGAUUUCUCUGGUGGUUACCUUCAUGGAAUUGGCACCUUUACAGGACUUGAUGGGUCUGAAUACAGAGGGGCCUGGAGAAUGAAUAUACAGCAUGGGCUUGGAAUGAAACGAUAUUCUAAUUUAGAUAUUUAUGAAGGUUCUUGGAAGGAGGGGAUGAAUGAAGGCUGUGGCAGGUACUCUUGGAAUAGUGGAAAUAUGUAUAUCGGGAAUUGGAAAGGCGGAAAAAUGUGUGGCAGAGGGGUUAUGAAAUGGGAAAAUGGUGAUGUUUUUGAUGGCUUUUGGCUGAAUGGUCUUAGACAUGGAUCUGGAGUUUAUAGGUUUUCUGAUGGGGGAUACUACUUUGGAAUGUGGAGUAUGGGCCUUAAGGAUGGAAAAGGAACAUUCCACCCAGCUGGAACUAAACAUCCGUCUCUAAGGAAGUGGGGCAGCUCCAUAGGCUGUGAUGGAAUUGGAAGAAAUUUGUUAUCUCAUAGUUCCUCUAUAAAUUCAGAGGAAGUCAGGGUUCCAAAACCAAAUUUCUUGGGCAGUCUAUCUGGGAAAAUGUCAAUCAGUAAAAUCUUAAAAGAUCCUGUCCGAUUAUCACAAAGAAAUGCCUUACUAGAUGAAAAAUGGAGUCUUUGUAAUCCUUCCGGAGAAUUUAUAUAUCGCGAACCAUCAUGUACGCUGUCCCAAACCUCUGAAGAAGGUCAAAGUGGGGUGCAGAAUAACUCUACUGUAGUUUAUGAAAGGGAAUACUUGCAAGGAGUUUUGAAAAACGAGAAAGUUAGAGGUACAGAGCUAUCCCGCAAAACUAAACAGAGAAAAAAAUUUCAUGUGAAAGAAGCAAAAAGGAAGUCAUGUGUGGAUAUUUUUGAAGGACAACGGAGCUAUUAUCUAAUGCUUAAUUUGCAACUUGGUAUAAGGUACACUGUUGGCAAGAUUACACCAGUGCCUAUGCGUGAAGUUCGAGAUUCUGAUUUUGGAGAUCGAGCUAGAAUAAGGAUGUAUUUUCCCAGAAAGGGUUCCCAGUUUACACCUCCACACUAUUCUAUUGAUUUCUAUUGGAAAGACUACUGCCCUAUGGUCUUCAGGAAUUUAAGGGAGAUGUUCAAGCUAGAUGCAGCUGAUUACAUGAUGUCCAUUUGCGGUGAUGAUGGUCUAAGGGAGCUUUCUUCCUCUGGAAAAAGUGGCAGUAUCUUCUAUCUUUCACAUGAUGAUAGAUUUGUGAUUAAGACAUUAAAAAAGUUCGAACUAAAGACCCUUCUGCAGAUGCUUCCAAACUAUUACAUUCAUGUAGGGAAGUAUGAAAAUACACUCAUCACAAAAUUUUUUGGGGUUCACCGAAUUACAUUGAGAGGUGGGAGAAAGGUACGUUUUGUAGUCAUGGGAAAUAUGUUUUGCACAGAAUUAAGAAUUCAUCGUCGCUUUGACCUGAAGGGGUCAACUCAAGGGAGAUACACAGAUGAAGAUAAGGUUGGAGAAAAUACCACGCUAAAAGAUCUUGAUCUAGAAUACGAGUUUCUUAUGGACAAAUUAUUACGAAAAUCGCUUUUCAAGCAACUCUCUUUGGACUGCAGUUUUUUAGAAUCUCAACAGAUAAUUGAUUAUAGCCUUCUCUUGGGAUUACAUUUUAGAGCACCUGAACAGUUGAGAUCCAUCUUAGAACCUCCAGCUACAAUGCUGAAUGAUGCUGGUUUACCUGCAGAUGGUAUAAACUCGCAAGGGCAUCUCUCAACUCCUCCAAAAGGCCUUCUCCUAGUGACCCAUGAACCCGGCUUUGUGAGCACUGCACCGGGACCUCACAUCAGAGGAAAUACAUUGAAAGCAUACUCUCUUGGUGAGAGGGAGGUUGAUCUCUUGCUGCCUGGCACUGGAAGGUUGCGGGUGCAGCUAGGAGUGAACAUGCCAGCUCAGGCUAGCCACAAGCUGACGCGGGACGAGGUUGAUUCAGCAGAGAUUGAGCUUUUCGAGGUUUACGAUGUUGUUCUCUACAUGGGCGUAAUAGAUAUAUUACAGGAAUACAAUGUGAAAAAGAAAGUUGAGCAUGCUUGCAAAUCCUUAAAAUUUGACCCUCUGUCGAUUUCUGCAGUUGAGCCCAAAUUGUAUGCAAAACGUUUCCUCAAUUUCUUGCACAAAGUUUUCCCAGAGCAGCCAUGAAAUUGAAAAGAGCUGCUCCUGUUUAUUAACUACCAUAGAUCCUUUGGCAAAGGUUUCCCUUUCCUGUUC